AGACCCUGGUCAGACACGUAUUGUCCUAAGAAAUCCACUUUGUACUGGGGAAAGCGGCACUUGCUCAGCUUGGCAUAGAAGUCAUGUCUGCGCAAGCGGUCAAGGACGUCGCGGAGGUGUCUGAGGUGCUCCUCAAGGGUACGACUGUAGAUCAAGAUAUCGUCGAGGUAGACGAGAACGUACUGCUCCAGGAUGUCCCUGAAGAUGUCGUUCAUCGCCCUCUAGAAGGUAGCGGGUGCGUUGUCGAUGCAGAGACGAAGAGUUUAAUCUGCUUUGCGAGCAUAGAGGACGGGUGCACCCCAUGGGGAGUUGCUGGGUUUAAUGAAACCCAGUCUCAGGAGUUCCUCAAGCUGACGCUUGAGUUCGGUGGCCUCGGGGAUCGAGAGUCUGUAGGGUGCCUGGUGGUCAACACGAUAGUCAGGCACAAGCUGGAUGGAGUGCUCGACGUCGCGCAUCGGUGGGAUGCCGGCGUACGAGAACGACGAUGGGAAAACGUUGUGGUACACUCUCGAAUGAGGUCACGAACUGCGGACUCCAGGUCAGCCGUAUAUCGUGCGAGUUCCUCAGCGUCAGCGUCAGCGCGCGACGGUGGGGUGGACUCGACGGACGGCGGAGGGACGGAAGUAGAGAUGGGAGCCAUGAAGAUAGAAGGAGGAUCUGGCUCCAGAGGGAUGAGCUCGGCAUCGGGACUGUGGAACAUAGUGUAAGAGAUCCGUCACGUUCACCAUAAAAAAGGUGACGUCGUCCUGUCGGAUGAAGUGGGCGAACUGCCGAGGCGAGGUGACAGUGAUAAAAGGAGAUGGUGAGGGCACGGAAGGCUCCGGGGGAGGAGGAUCGAGGCGUGGUGUCGCAGUGGUACCUAUGAAAGGUGCGCGAUACGUCUGUCCACACUUCGUUUUGAGAACGAGAGUGUUGGUUGCCCAAUCGGCCUCGGUGCUGCGGAACCGACGAGACCACGGAGUGCCGAGAAUGAAGUCGUACCCCGUCU